AACACUUCGUAACCAAGUAUGAUAUCCGGUGCAUCACUAUUAGGAAAAGAGCGUGUUAUCAGGAGGCAUUAGAAGGUCGUCAUCGUAUUCAUGUUCUUCGACACCAAUGGUAGUCUAACACUGGUCCGUCGAAUUGCAAGGCGGUUACCUCGAUUCAACCAGUGCAAUAGGAUCGGGCCUAUGACGAGUCUGCAAGUGGAAGAAAGAGGGGGUGAGCGGUAGCGCGGGUGAGAGUGUCGACUAAGGACUCCUGGGUAGUGAUGUGUGCGACGCCUUAUUAGCGAUGGGAGCAAUACCCUCUUGAUCCGUUUUCGAUACUCUAACAAACGACUUAAGAUCAAUUAUGAAUGCCGGCGAUAACACUUUAGGAAGCCUUCAUAUUUGGAUGAGUAAUUUCAGAAGAUUUCUCAAAGAUUCAUUUAUUGAAUGAGUGGGGAAUUGGAAAUUCCUGGUGAAUCGAUCCUAUCACUAGGGAGUAUGCAUGUGUGUACGAAUGAGAAGACUUAAGGGACGAUACGGCGGUGAAUCGAGCCUAAGGGUCGUAGAGUGGGGAAAAGAGGGAAGGGAGAAUGGUGGAGGGUCAAAAAAUGUGUAGGUGCGCGCGCAGCUGCUUUGUCUCUGUUGUCGCGAUCUGGUGGGGGGAUGGCCGGACCACGAGGGGCCACAGGGGUCCGUGAGCGGACCAUGGCGGACCAAACGCGACUGCAUCCUUUCAGUCGGCCGCUGAACCCGCGCGCCGUGCGGUUGUUCGUGUGUGUAUUGCACUUGACUUCGAUUCAUCGCGUAUCGUUCUUUUUUUAUUCUCCACUGCGGGACUACGCGUGUGAGGUUUUUCUAUUCGCCGGCUAUCCAUCCGUACCUGCGAAGGUAACAAAGACCGAGGGAAACGGCAAGGCUACAAUCCAGAGGAAUCUUUCCUGACCAAACCAGGACCACGACACAACACGCUCACGGAUUUUUUGGAGUACGUCUUUAGAUUGUUUUCGUGCGCGGGCGUAACGCCGACGUGAAGUUCUUCUGCAUGAUAGUACGGUGGGAUCCACAGGAGCAUUUUACUAGCAAUUUCCUUCGAAGGAUAUUAUGGCACGCUAUAUUUCACGAAGAUUUCGUACGAACCGUCGUUGUACGGUACGAAAGGCACCGAGAGCGACGAGGAUGACGUAGCCGUCUUGCGGCUGCCAGUUCACGAGAAUCUUAUCGAGAGGAUGUACACGAACGAACAAGGUACACGAAACAAGAAGUCGUUUGCAGGCCAGUCGAUUGUUCACGCGUUAUCAGAGAAAACCGGGAUAUCGAGAGCAAGAAUCACUGCCAGAGUAAUAAUACUCAGUUAGAAAGGUGUCGUUUCGUCCCGACUUCCGUCCAAUUUGACAGAAAGGAACGAAACAGAGGAGAAACAAAGAAACAUAAAAACGAAAGGGGGAAACAAAAAGGAAUAUCGCUUGUGUUCGAUACAAAAUUCUCUUUCUUCGCUACUCGAGAUCAAAAAGACUGAAUAUCAAAGAGAGGCAAGAUGUUGGGAGUGAGUCAACCGGGAAAUCCACCCUCGAGCCUGCGACACUCGGCGAGUUUCUCUUGUUUGCAACGCGGUACCGCCAGCGAGGGACACAGGGCGAGGACCUCGACGCUUUUACAGCAGCCGAGCUUGCAACUGAGCAACAGCCAUCACCAAUACUCGUCCGGUCAGACUUCUCUGUUGCAGCAGUCGACCGGAACCGUUCAACAUCGCAUCGAGGCAUUAGAGGCCGUUCAGGACAGCAACGAUUACGGUUUCGUGAAAAUUCGACCACGUCUACGUAGCACCAACGCUACGUUACACUAUGAGGAGGAAUUGGCCGCUCAGAAAAACGCUCUUUGGGAUCGUGACGCGUCAGCGUUUAGCGAUCGCGAAUGCGACACCAAUUACAAAGAUUGUUCUUUGAAGAUCAAGGAUAGGGAAUAUUCGCCAAAAGGAGCCUCGAAGAAUCCGAACCCACUGCGAGGAGCACUGAUACUCUUCACCUCGACGUCAUCUUGGUGGAAGGCCAGGCAACGCGAGGAUCAACUGAACAGUUCAUCUACGGAUCGCUCGUUGACCUCCGCCACUGGCGCUGUGUUGACCUCGUCCGAGAGAAAGUGGUCGAGCACCUCGAUGGCGUCUCCGUCGAACGAACGAAAGUGGCCAUCGGUGGUGACUUCGCCUACGAACGACCGGAAGUGGUCGGUAGGCAACAACAACGCUCUGACAUCGCCAGGGAACGAGAGGAAAUGGACCAGAUCGUCCGUCUCGUCGAAUUCGACGGGACAGCAGGACAGGAAGUGGCGGUCUCUCGGUGCCCUGUUAAGGGCUCCGACUGGCACCAGUUCACACGCUGUUCAACAUUCGCUGUCACAUAACAUGAGCGUCUCGAUGAUCGAGGGCGAGCACUUCCGGGAGGAUUUACGUGGGUCGAAUUGCAAGUCGACGCGUUACCAGCAGCCCACGUCCUACUCGGCCCGUGUGUCCCGUGUGAGCCGGGACAUCUACAGAGAGAACGGGGAAUUCGGUCAGGCUGGAAGGUCGAAGGUUAGCCGUAGGUUGUAUCAAGAAACCGCGGAUUGCGCGGAUAGAGACGUGGACGAGAGACACGUGACCACUAGACAUCAAUUCGACGAUGAGUGUCGAGGUCGAACGAAUCGCGAGAGUAUCUGUAAAGCGGAGCAGCAGUCCAUUGGCAACGAUUCGCGUGCAACUACGUCUACUACAAGAUCCAAUCGGGCGCAGAGCUUUUAUCUUCUGGAUGAUUUCUUACGGCCUCAGCCGCAGCAGAAUAACAGCAAGUGCAUGCUGAACGUUUACCUGUCACCGUCACACUCAAAGUCGUCUGGCAAUGGUAACGAUCACUCGGCGGGAAGAUCGGCCGACGUGAAACAGCAGGUCUCGCAAGGGAACGUGACGAACAUCACACCACCGCGACGUCAUAACUCUAGCUCGGAUAGCCUGGAGGUCGCGACUAGUCCGCUCCCGCCGCCUGUGCCGCCUCCGCCACCUCAGGUUACCGCCAGCCGAGACAGAGAAAGGGCUGAGAAUUUCAAAGAGAAGGACGUGUGCCAGUGCAAAAUGUGCUGGACCAAUAUGCAGCAGAGAUCUUUCGUAGAAGAGGUGAGUAGGCGCUCCAAAGAACGUGCAUCUCUCUACCAAGAGACAGGGAGGAGUCCUGGAACGCUGCACAAAGAUGUCGGUGGUGCUGGUACCAAGGUCAGCGGAAAGACGGUCGGCGGUGUCGGCACUGCAACCCUCACUACGCUCUCCUCCAUUAAUAAUACAUCCAACACCAGCCGGAGCAAGAAUAAUCCCGUAUCUCAAGAGAAAUUAUUGUCAUUCUUUCACCCCAAAUCAACACGAGUGGACAAGUCGGACAACAACAAUACAACCAACUCCACGACUAACAACAUUCAUAACAACAUGCCGAUACACGAACCUAUCAAUGCCACAUCUCACGACGUAUAUCCUGGGAGAUUGCCAAUGACAGCUGCGGAAGCUCUCAAGUAUUAUGGUUCGAGGCUCACCGAGUUCGAGCGCGCCGAAAUCGAAAAAUACUCGGAGAUUUGGUAUCUCGGACUGUCAGCCACGAAAAUCCGUGGCGAGGAAGGCGCAGCCCAAAAUGGUGGAUACGACGACGAAAAUGGUAGUUACAACAAGGUCUUCCACGAUCAUAUCUCGUACAGAUACGAGAUAUUGGAGGUGAUCGGGAAAGGAAGCUUUGGACAAGUGAUCAGAGCGUUGGAUCACAAGACGGGACAGUACAUCGCCAUCAAGAUCAUCAGGAACAAAAAGAGAUUCCAUCAUCAGGCGCUCGUCGAAGUGGAGAUCUUGGAACAUCUCAGGAAGAAGGAUUUGGAGGCGAACGCGUCGCACAAUGUGAUACACAUGCUAGAAUACUUCUACUUUAGGAACCAUUUGUGCAUCACCUUUGAGUUAAUGAGUUUGAAUUUGUACGAGCUAAUCAAAAAGAAUAACUAUAAGGGAUUUAGCCUGAGCCUAAUACGACGAUUCGCCAAUUCGUUAGUUAGCUGCCUGAGACUGCUGUAUCGAGAGAAGAUCAUUCAUUGCGAUUUGAAACCCGAAAACGUGCUUCUGAAACAGCGGGGAUGCAGCUCGAUUAAGGUGAUAGAUUUCGGAUCCUCGUGUUACAGUCAUCAGCGUGUAUAUACAUACCUUCAGUCCAGGUUUUAUCGAAGUCCAGAAGUGAUUCUGGGUCUUCCAUAUGGUACGCCGAUCGAUAUGUGGAGUUUAGGCUGCAUUUUGGCCGAACUUUACACCGGUUGCCCGUUAUUCCCCGGCGAGGAUGAGAUCGAACAGCUUGCCUGCAUCAUGGAAGUUCUUGGCCUUCCGCCGGAACAUAUUAUCGAUCACGCGACACGUCGCAGGCUUUUCUUCGGAUCGGUUUCAGAUCCGAAGGGAAGUCCUCGAUGCGUGACAAACAGCAAGGGCAAGAAAAGGUGGGCUGGUAGCAGGAAUCUUGCCAUAGCUCUCCGUUGCACUGACACACUUUUCGUUGACUUCGUUCGCAGAUGCCUCGAGUGGGAUCCAAAGAAGCGCAUGACCCCCGACGAGGCAAUGCGACACGAGUGGUUGAACUCUUCUUCCUUUCACGUCGGCUCCUCGACGUCGACGAUAGCCGCGUCGACGGUAAACGCGAACACGAAUGCGAAUGCGAACACAACGAGCAUGGAAACCUCGUCGCAGUCCGCCCACGCUCAGACGGUGAGCGUAACGGUAAGCGCGCCGAGGCAACGGGCGACCACCGUCGAGGAUCCUCCGUACCCAAUGUAUCGUCUGUGCAAGGGACGUAAGUACGUGCAGAGGAUCAGUACGACCGAAACCACCGACAACGCAGGUCUCGUAGUGAAAAGCAAGCUGAACGGAAGCGCGAGCAGCCACGCGCUCGCGAGUAGCACGCAGACCACUACCUCGAGGCACGCUUCGACCGGCGAUAUCGUCGCGAGUCUGGAUCCAAACCUCGACGAUUCCGGCGUCACCGGAACGAGAAAAAGAGAGAGAGCUGCCCACAGAAGCACUUUAUUCGACUAUAGUCAGAGCAGCGAGUCCAACAUUUAACGACCGUAGUAUCUAAGCCACAUUUACACAGCACACAUACGUUCAGACACACACACGGGACAAACACACAGACAGAUUUAUAGCAAAACAAGAAAUAAAUUGUGUAUAAUAACUAACAUUAGAGAAAAGAAAAAAAAUAACGCGUGUGCGUCCGUAUGCAUAUGUGCGUGAGAACGAACGAAAAAAGAAAAAGAAAGAAAGCACAGAGAUGCAAGAAAAGAAAAAGAAACAGGAAGUUACGUGUUACGGAGAGAAUGAGUCCAGCGAGAAUGCGUUACAUUAUCGCAUAUACAUAUAUACAUAUACAAUUUUACGUGUUAAGUAACCCACGUGGAAGCGAAAAAAACGAGUUAAAUAUAAGAUAUCCAUUUAGAAAAUAAAUAGAGAAGACCGUUCAAACAACGUAGCUCCAGUACGUGGAGUCCUCUAUUCCCCUUUACUCUUCCCCCUGGCACUGUUCGAUCGUCUACUAUUGCGUCGAUUAAAUCGUUUGUCAGAUUUUCAAUUCAUAAGAAAAGAAUAUCUUUUUCGAUGAUAAUCAUUCUUCGAGUCUUCUACAUGUUACAACGAUGACAUCCGAUCGUCUAUGUUCGAUGAAAUAAAUUUAUGAAUUUAUCGAACAUGUUUCAUCGAACAUCGUUUAUCGAGUGCGGUGAAUGCAUACACGUGUCCGAUGAAUAUAAUUGCACGGCAUGACUGCCGCUAUUUCACGCGCAAAAACGUACGUUCAGUGUCCAAUGUGCAGUAGAAGCAAAAGAAUUAAGUGCUUAAAUAAACAGUUACCAAUCAUUCGAUCGAGAAGCAUGCCAAAACAUCAUCCAUGUCGUAUCGGUUUCUAAGAUAAACGAUUUAAUCGAAUGGCAUUUGACGCGACAAAUCUGCAACUACGAAAAACAUGAGAUCGAUUUCAUAAGUAUUUCUAUCUUUCGACGUGUUUCUUCGUUCUUACAGAGUCGUUCACGUCGAUUGUACAGUCCCUGAGUUUUUAGUUGUGUUCACUAUAUUGUAUACAGUGGGAUCAAAUUACAUGCGUUAGAAUCGACUAAUCUAUGUAAAAACUGAUCGUCUCACGUUGAAGACAUGCGCGCUCGUACGCGUGUCACGUGAGGCGAGAUAUGCCUAAAAAGCGUAAACAAAAGUAAACAAAAAACAUUAAAAUAUACUUCCUUUAGAGAUAAAAAGAGGUAAGAAGAUAAAUAAGAAAAUGGAAAAAAAAGGAAAGAAGGAAAGGAAGAUAUAAGACAAAGAGGUGUUUGAGCUUGAAUAAUCAAUCGAUGUAUUAUUCUCUAAAAUGGAAUUUCUUAUGUCAAAUUCGAUUGGAUUGGGAAAGAAUCAUCUUGUCAUUCAGGUUUCUGAUAGCCGGAAUGAUGUGGACAUACAAGGCAGUCGCUUUCUAGUCCGAAAAUGUGUUAGAAGAAAAAAAAAAAAGGUGGGGGAUGGUCUAAAAAGGUCUAAACUCUUACUAGAGAAUAAAAAGGGAAGACUCUCUUUCAGGCUUCAGCGUGGAAUGCUCUUAGCGUAUGUCUGUUAGGAUCAGCGUGUAACUAAUUAUCGAAUUAACGACGUGAUUAGAUCUAUUCAAUUAGAUAGUUAUUGUGUGCAUAUAUGGCGAGAUCACCGCCAUCGCCGCGACCGUCCCUUUUCCCCCUCCCUUUCUGGUCGUUCAAUUAAUUCAUGAAAUUUAUCGUUGUGACGAUUUAUUGUUCUUACUCAGUGUAUCCCAAUAGGACAAUCAUUAAUAACAAAUUUUGUGUUGGUGUCAAAUUCUCGUAGUUAAGCGUGUAUGGAACUUCAGAUAGCGAGUUUAUUGUUCUCUUUUUCAUCGAAAUCUGUACCAUUGUUCUUGAGGAUUCUGUGCGCUGUUGCCGAUCGAAAGAGAGACUACAACGGGAUUUGUAAAUUUCCUCCGCAUUGCGCCGUAUGUUUCCGUCAUUGUCGAGUUCUCUUCAUAUGAUUAGAUUUCAUGUGGUUAUAACAUAGAACAUAUUCCUCGAAGUAAAAGCAUGUACAAAAUGUAAUAAUAAAUAUAUCUUUGGUAACGAGACACAAAUUUUUCGCAUGUUUGAAACAAAGAUUGAUAUAGCGUAAAUUCCAAUCGUGAUCUUUAGCCGAUGUAUUAGCGUAUAUUACUUCUCGGUUGUUAUACCAAUUAAACGUAUAUACAUAAAUAUAUGUGCGAGAAUUCUGAUUCGACGUGUAACGAGAUGAAUUUUGCAAAAUAAGAAAGAAAAACGAAAUAUAAUAUCGGGAGGGGGAAAGGAUAUUCACAGAGAAUAGAUGAAAUAUAGGAGGAAAUGAGAGGAAGAGAGAGAAUGAGAGUGAGAGAGCAGGAAUUGAUAACGAUGAUCUGUAAUAAUUGUAACUCGACACUGAACAGCAGGAAAGAUCUUGUUAUACUGUGCAAGUGUGAGUUUGUCAAUUUCUGCCCAACUUAAUUAUAGUGAACGAAGAGAAGAAUUGCUAAUAAUAAAAAAAAAAUGAUUAUGAUAAUGACAUUAGUAUAUGUAACGAUACAAUACUGAAGCAUCAUCAUCUUUUGUAUCAUUUGUUCGUUUGUUUUUAUCUUACUGCGUUUGUCUUUCAUUAUUAAUGCAAUACCAAGAUGACUCGGUUUCGACACGAUAUCUUGUGUGUAAAUAUAUACUAAUAAAAAAUACAAACAUAAAA